AUGGCCGACGAAGCAAUCGCAAAGAAGCUCAAGACCUCUCCCCUCAUCGGGACGCACAACGGCCACUUCCACGCCGACGAAGCCCUCGCCGUGUACCUCCUGCGCCAGCUGCCCACAUACGCCGCGUCGCCGCUCCUGCGCACGCGCGAUCCCGCCCAGCUCGCCACCUGCCACACGGUCGUCGACGUCGGCGGCGAGUAUGACGCCGCCUCCAACCGCUACGACCACCACCAGCGCACCUUCGCAACCACCUUCCCGAACCACAACACGAAGCUCUCCUCCGCCGGCCUGGUGUACAUGCACUUCGGGCGGGCGAUCAUCGCCCAGCACACGGGGCUGCCGCUCGACGACCCCGACGUGACCCUGCUGUACGAGAAGCUCUACACGGACUUCAUCGAGGCCAUCGACGCCAACGACAACGGCGUGUCGGCGUACGACCCGGCCGCGCUGGCCGCGCACGGCAUCGAGAAGCGCUUCCGCGACGGCGGCGUGACUAUCGCCUCGGUCGUCGGCGACAUGAACAACCCCGACCCGACGUGUCCGCCCGGCGAGCCCCAGGACGAGGACAGCCUGUUCGCCCGCGCCAGCACCUUCAUCGGCACUAUCUUCUCGCGGAAGCUCCACCACGCUGCGACGUCGUGGCUGCCCGCCCGUACCACCGUCGGAAAUGCUUACGCCACCCGCCGUGAUGUCCACCCCUCCGGCCGCGUCCUCGUCCUCCCCCAGGGCGGUGUCCCCUGGAAGGAGCAUCUGUAUAACUUCGAGAAGGAGGCGGGCCGUCCCGAGGAUGAGGUGUAUUAUGUGUUGUACCCGGAGAGUGCGGCUGAGGACGCCAAGUGGCGCGUGCAGUGUGUGCCUAUGAAUGAGGGCAGCUUCGUGUCCCGCAAGCCGCUGCCCGAGUCGUGGCGCGGUGUCCGCGAUGCGGACCUCGAUGGGGUCAUGGCUGCCGAGGCGGAGAAGUCUGGAAAGGAUAAGAUUCCUGAGGGUGCGGUGUUUGUGCACGCGAGUGGCUUCAUUGGUGGCCAUAAGACGAGAGAGGGCGCGUUCGCUAUGGCUGUCCGUGGACUGGAGCAGUAG